ACAACUCGUCCUCUUCACGUAUCCAUGUGACUCGAGAUUUGUUCUCUUUCUCAAUUUCCCGCGAACGCGUUGCGUCCUUUGCUCUUCUGUUUGAAACACGCGCCAUCUGCAAAAUACUCCCUCCCUUUCUCUCUCUCUCUGGGGAGACGAUGGAACCGGACGAUCUGAAACCGAGCGACGGGUUCUCGAGGACCAUCUGCGCCAUAUGUUUCGAGGAGCUCAGGCCCGUAGUCGAAGAUCUCCAGUCCAUCUCCCUAUGCGGUCACGUCUUCCACGAGCUUUGUUUGCAGCAGUGGUUCGAAUACUGCCCAUCGGGAAAGAAAAACACCUGCCCGUUGUGCAAGCAGCAGUGCUGUCAGAAGAGCGUCCAUCGCCUCUACUUCCAGUCGCUUGGCGAACCCACGCAGGCGCCGGAGAAAUCUCGCUGUUUUGAUGCGUCCCCAGAUGAUGUUAUUGCACUGCGAGGGGAAUUGAAGAAAUUGGGGGGACAGCUCGCUGAGGUGAAUCAGGCAUUUGGGCAGCAGAAGCAGCGUUUGAAGGAGUUGAUGAUAGAGCUAUCCGUGGCUAAAGACAGAGGUGCAAGGGAAGAGGCUCUGAAGGUGGAAGCUGCAAAGGAGAAAACAUCUCUUCAGCAGCUUCUCAAGAGAAAGACAGACGAGCUGGCGCAGUCGAGUGUGGAGUGCUCCAAAGCACAGGAGAGGAGUUUAGCUCUAGCAAAGGAGCUUGCUGCACAUAAAUUGAUGUUGAAUUUGGAUCUUGACGAGCAAGAGAUAACUAGACUGACAUCUAUUGGUCAUGGGACGAAUAGCGAAGACGUCAUAAUUACCUUGAGAAGGUCUCUAAUACUUCGCAACAAGAGUUAUAAAGAAUUGUUGGCUCAAUGCAACCUUUUGGGAAGAGAAGGGCAAAGUUCACAAAAGAAACUUGAAAAGGCCGUGAAAAAGAUAGAAAAAUUGAAAGAAAGAGUGAAAGAACUGGAAAGGACCAUUGAGGAUGAGGGAAAUGAUUCCUUGAGGAAUUUAAAGUUGAAUUCAUCUAAAAGAUUUCGUGCAGAAGGCUUUGAUGAAUAUGGUGUCAAACUUUGCUUUAGUGACUCAAAUAACUGCAAUUUAAAAGCAAAAGAAAAAUCUGGUGAUGUUGGUCAACAACUGCUAUCCACUUCCUCUUUGCCAAGUGCUAGCUCAGACACAGGUUUCUUAUUGCCAAGUCCAUCAUUUAAUGUAAAUGAAAAUGGUUUUCUUCCCAAGUAUCAAAACAGCUCCAGUCCUAAAGCUUCAAAAAGGGAGAUGGUCCAUAUCGAAGUGGAAGAACCUGCUCUACAGACUGAGAUGGCUACUGUUGAUUAUUCUAUCAUUGGGCUUGGAAAGUCAAAAACAGAACUGAAAAGCUGCAUGGCAUUCCAGUGCUCCAAGAAGCCUGAAGAUUCGAAUCAGUUGUCAGCAGUUGAAACUAAUGCUGACAUGGAUUUGUCAGGACGGACUGACACGAGAAAGUCUGUGCCUGUUGAAUUAAUGGAUCUGGCUUGUACAAAUGAUACAAAUAGUAGGUCAAAUAAUCAGAAUGAUGCAAGUUUGCUAAUUACUUUGGAUGAUGAAAGUUUUAUCCCGAUUGUGAAGGAAAAGGCAACAUCUCAUACUAAUUCUGUUACACACACAGUUGAUCAAUGCUUUCCUAGUGGACUUUUCGGAUCUAACAUAGCAAGCAGACCAACAGGAAAAUGGUGCAGGCAGGGCCAAAUGGCUCCAAAAGAUCCUCCUGCUGUAGGACAGUUGAUUGCUGUUGGUGCGGAUGGAAGAGGGGGUAGAAUCAAGGUGUUGAGAAGCCAAAACCAGUCAUUUGCACGGAAGCAGAAUCUUUUUGGAAUGAGACAUUCUAAAAAGUGGGCAGAAGUAACAAAGCAAAACGGGCAGGCUCAAGGAUGCCUGCAAAUCGAGCAUUUUUUUGAGAAGACAGGGAGCUGAGUUUCUCCAGAUAUUUUUAGGUGACUAAACUUUUGUACUUGGAAGAAAGAUGUACACAAGGAAGAGGGCAGAAUGCAGCAUUUAUUUUUCAUGGUCUUGAGGACUAGUUGUUAGACUAGCAUUCAGAAACAUGCUUGUCAGCACAGUUUCUGCUUUUGCUGGAGGGAGGUUUUUCUCAGCCUUCCCUAUUUUUGUCUUUAAUCCUUCUAUGGAAUACUAUUGUUUCAGCUGUCUUGCAUGUAAUUAUGUCUAUAGUUUGUUUUGCUAGCU